CAUUUAGCAGCCUGGCGACGAGGAGAGCUGAGCAGGGCCGCUGCGGUGGUGCCCUCUCCGGGGCUCUAAGCUCUGGAGACAGCCCGGCUCCGGAUCCCCACCUUGACCAGACCCCCUGCCCCUCCCCACCCCUCUCGGCUAAAUGCAGCCCCUGCAGCCGAAUUGCAGCGCCGGCCUGGGCCACGCAUCUCAACCCCUGUGACAAUCCUGAUGUCCUGCGCAAAUCUCCUAGACCGACCCUCCAGCUGCAGUGACUCCUCGAUUGGUCCCGAGCGGGAUGGCAUCGUCGCCAGGCUGUUGCAGACAGCUAAGGGUGAGAUUCGGCCCGAGGAAGCUGUGGGGAGCGGCUGAGUCUCCGAAGAGCAGCAGUGGCUGUUGACUGCUGGACUGAGUGUUACCUGUGUCUUCUUUGACUGUAAGUCUCCUCUGCCUGGUUCUUUCCUUAGUUUUGGAGAGGGAUCUGGGGUGUAGGUUAAGAGAGUUUUAAUUUGCCUCCACAUUGCAUGCCAAUGUGGAACAAUGUGCAGUAAAUCUACAAAAUGAUAGAACUUUCUCUAUAAACACUGCUUGAAGUCCGAACAUGUACAAGGGAAAAAGCUAUUUCUAUCAGGUGCCUGCUCUGCUUUCAUUACAUUUCAUUUCUGUCUGUCUGUCUUUUACAUGGGGAGUUGGCCAAAGCUUUUGAAUGCAUCAGCCUUCUGGAUCCCCUUGCCCUGUCUCUACCCCUUCUGAGAGUCUCGCCUUCACGAUCUUCCUGAAUAAAAUAUACAACUAUAGGUUUUUCUUAAGAGUCUGGCUGUGUAGUUGGAGCCAGCCUUGAACUUGCUAUGGCCCCCUGGGGCCCUUGAGCUCAUGAUCUUGUCUCAGCCUCACAGGUGCUAACACGACAGGUGUGUACCUCUCCAUUGGCUUUGAUUACAGUUGUUGCAUCCUGUUCCUUCCAAGCACAAACUCCUUGAAAGCAUGAACCAGAUAUUGCUUACCAUGUUUGGGAACAACACAAGUAUUUGAGCAAACUCAAGUAUUUAUUAAUUAAACAAAUAACUGGGAGUGAGUAGAAGGAAAAUGACUACUUUAGAAUGGGUGCAGUUCCCUACUUCGUGGCUCACCUGGCUCCCACACCCUGCAGGUCUGUGUCACCCACUCUGUUUGCUGCAUGCAUGCGUCUGCGUCCUGUAGGAGCCUGUGUGUCCUUGGAGGGCAGGAACUCUGUCCUUCUCCCCUCUGUGCCUCCAUUAUGGGCACAGUGUUUAGCAUAUUCUUUUUUGUGACCUUUUUAAUUGGUUGGCAUUUUUAUUUUUAAAAAUUUUUUGUUGUUUGCUUUUUUUGGUACUGGGGAUUGAACUGGGACCUUGUGCUUGCGAGGCAGGUGGUGUGGUUGGCAUUUUUAAAUGAAUGAGAACGCAUGUGGUGAUGUGAAGUAAUUAGCUUAUAAAGUGUUUCAUAGUACAAAUAACGAAAGGGCUACUCCAUUGUGGGUCCCGUUUGUUUUUCUCUGAACUCUUAGAGGACUGGGAGCUUGUAGGGAACAGGGAAAGGGGACGUUGCUAGAACCUCUGCAGUGAGUCCUAGUCUCCUGCGAGCCAUGACAGCACAAGGCAAAUUCGUUUAUUAUACAGGAAAGGUAGAAAAAAUGAGACUUAGAGAAGAAGCUGAGUUUUGGCCGGAUCCGUGCCGCUGUGGGUGGCAAAGACCCCAGACCCGGAAGAGCUUGCUGCACCUUUAUUCAGAACCUCAGCAGAAACAAAAGUAGCAAUUGACUCCAAGAGUGGAGCGAAGAUCCUAGAACAAUGAGGAACUAUGCAGAUGGAGAUUUGGUUCCUCCCGGGAUGUCUCCAGCUGGUGUAGUCCUGUCCUGGAGCAUCACAGCGUCCUGGGACCACUGAGGUCUUAAGUGGGACUGGAGGUGAAAACGGAGUUACAUCUGGACAUCCUGUAGCUGGCCUGUAGACAGGAAAACUAGGCCAUAAUCAUGAUUUAAUUAUGAAAUCAUUUUUCCCCAAAAUCAUGUAGAAUUGCUCCUGAUAGGAGUUCAAAUGGUAAGAGUGCCCAAGAAAACCAACCCAAAAUGGGCAUCUCCUUGGGGCCGAGAAGGUUGCAAACUUCGAAAGAUUAUCUUGAGUGCCCUGUGAAGCUUUUCAUACCCAUUUUCUGUAAGCCCUGUUUGCUAAAAAUAUCACUCAUUAGUUUCAUUAGGGUUAAUGAGAUUCACACCUCCGCACCCACCAUGGGCAAAGAUGAAAAUCAAGUGUUCACACCACAGAACCUAGUGUCUUCUGAUCUCUAACAGAUAUAAAUGCUACGCAAGUGUUCGCUCUUUGGCCACAAGGCUGGAGAGAUUUCUGUUUGGUAAUUAGUGAAGAGGGAGGGGUAUUUCUCAUAUGCUUACCGAGUGUAAGCAUUCCGAGCUAUCUCCUUUAACCAUCACUUCAGAUAUCUGUUUUUACCAUGGGUAGAACAAUUCCUGGGUUGAAAGCCUUAAUAUCAGUCUGUUCUUCUGGCAGUUUAAAUGCCUUGAUGUCUGUAUCUGUAUCUCUCCUCCAUCCUGAAGACAUAGUCCUGCCCUUAUCCUACUUCCUUGACCUCCAGCCUGAGCCUAAGGAGCACGCGCUCAAAUUGGCUCCGAGUAGGUGAGGGGGAUCCCACAGCCGUUAUGUUAUAAAAUCCUUUGUAUGGCAGUCCAGCCCAGCCAUGUUGAUUCCAUCUAACCCCAUUUAAAUUCACAAACUUUCACUCCCCAAGUGAGGGUGGAGACUUUUAAUUUAUGGGACAGAGUCCCCCUUAGGAGAAAUUCCAGGUCCCAAGACCAGGGAAAAGUCCCAGCUGAUACCUAGAAACCAAAAGCAGACGGAGCUGCUCCGGGUCAAACUCUCACGUUUCCUCAGGCUGCUCCCACUCUGGAGGGUACUUUCUCUUCAUAAAUCUUUGUCCUUCUUACCACUUCUUCGGGUCUUGCUCAAUUCUGUACAGGAAACAGAACCUGGGUACGGGGAAGACUCACUGCCUACCCAGCUACAAGGCUCGGCUCAGCCCUGGCGCAGAAGCUGGCCCACGGCUGACACUGCUUAGUGAAUGAACUUGGGCAACUGUAUCAAACUGAGUUUCAGUUCCCUAAAACUAGGAGCGUGUCUGGUCUUCCUCACCAGGGCCCGUGCCGUGUGACCUCAGGUGGCCUCUUGGGUCUGCUUCCGCCUCUGAAAUGGGAGCUGUGAUGAAACCUUCCCUGGGGUGAGCGGGACUCACUGUUUGGCAAGCUCUCGAGCCCCUUGACACACUAUUUCUGUCCUGCUUGUGAAAGGGCUUUCCAAGAAGCAAACACUUCACCAACACGCAUCACUCGUUUUCUGUCCCUGGAUCACAUUUCAGAGAACCAACACUGUUUUACUGGGAAAGGGUUCAUACAAUACACCAAAGUACUAACCAUCAUGGUAAUUGUCUGUAAUGAGCAUCUGUGAAAUGCCAGGCUCCAUGCUGGCUACUUUAUGCACAUCAUCGCAUCCCAGGAGCCGAGCAAGAGUCCUUGCCACUCCUGUUUUGUGGAUGAAAAAAACUGAGGCAGAGGGAGCUUAAGCUACUUUUUCAAAGUCUGGGAGCUGGGAAGUAGAGCAGCCAGGAUUUCACAGAGCUGGAUCCCAGGCUUCAGUCUCCUGAAUCCAGGACCCUCUGAGGUUUGGCUCCUGCAUCCUGGGCAGACCUCCUAGGAAGAGCUCUUUGGUGCCCAGGGGCUGGAGGCUGAAGGAGAGCACUGGAGAAGCAGGUCCCUCUGCCAAGGUUCUGGGUUCGGAUCCAGCGUGCCCUUCCCCAGAGCACUGGCCUGUCUGGCCCCUCUUCGACACCGUGUUCACGGCCUUGCCUGAAGUUCAUAGAAGGUGGCUCAAGAAGCACACUGCAGCCUGCGCGUUCCAGGAGGACUGAGAAGGGCUCAGGUGCGGUCCCUCUCCUCCCCUCCUCAGGCCCAGCUCACUCCUGGUACCUUCUUCCGAGGAGCCUGAGCUGUGCUUCUGCCUGUGUGUGUACCUGGUGUGGUGAUGAAGUCGCUAGAAUUCUCAGCCCCCAAACUUCUUUGACGUGUCUGCCUAGCUUGUCCUGGGCAGUCAGGACCUACCGCACCAAUGCACCUGAAGACAGCACCAUCCUGUCCUCCCCUCAUGUUAUAUCUUUCCCCAAAAGGCUGAAACAUACAGAUAUUCUCAGCUAAGUCUGAAGGGCCUUUCUGAAGCCUGCAGGAGACCUUGACAGUCUGCAACUUUAGUUACAGUGCAGGCGAUCCUGCAAGAUUAACAAGGAAGAGGAGCCCCCAGGAAACACAUUUCUGUUUUGUUUUGCUGUUAUUGUUGUUGUUUUUGAGACAAGGUCUCACUAUGUAGUUCAGAAUGGCCUUGAACUCACUAAGUGGCCCAGGCUGGCCUGGAACUCAUGGCAAUCCUCCUGCCUCAGCCUCCCGAGUGCUGGGAUUAUAGGUGUGCACUGCCACAUUCGGCAGAAAAUGCAUUCUAAGGUACCCGUGUCUGCCAACCUGGACCACUUCCCACGACUUCACUCCCUGAUAAGAACCCCAGCCUCUCACCCCGACAGCGCCAUUCCUCUCUUGGAGGCUCGCUGGCGUCUCUCUUGCUAGUGCACUCUGCUCUGAAUAACCCUUUUCUUUUCCAUAUUCUUGAGUGUUGGUAAAUUCUUUUCCUUUUUCCUUAGAGGUGAGAAAGCUCUGUCAAGCUUCCCCACCAUUUGUCAGCAAAUUAGCAAACUGAGCGCGGGAACCUCCUCCUCUUUCCCUAUCUGGGGAUCUGAAAUGAUCAUCAGAGAAAGUUCUGGUGGUAUUCACUCUUAUCUUGGCCAGGAGGUUUCCUUUUUUUUCCAGGAAACCCUCAUUUCCGGUCACCCGGGGCUUCCGGUGCUGCCUGCAGCUGUCAGCCGUCUUCUGAAGGCCCCUGUGCGGCGGAAGCCGGGUCCCGCUCCCGGAAGUCACCGCGGGUGGCUCUUCGGGUCAGGCUGCAGCUGUCUUCCUUCUCGUUGUUCAUCUCCACCGAGGCAAAAGACAGAAGAGAGGGAGAAAUCCAGCAGGCCUCCCCCCAGACCUUCCAAGUAUGGGCGCCUGAGUAGGGCCGGCACCAGAGCUGCGCAGUGUGCAGGAUCGGCCGUGGCUCCAUGCCCAGACCGGCCGCUUGCGGACAGCAGAGCCGCCUCUCCCUGGGCCUCCGAGGACCAACGUUCUUAUUCCUUAACCCGCCUUCGGCCCGGGUUUGGGGUCGGGGAGCUGGGGCAUCUCACAAUGCGAGGCCCCAGGUCACCACAAGAUAGCUGCGCUGAGGCCAUUUCCUCACGUGGACACCCUCCCCUUGGUGUAGGAGGAGGCGCCCCCCCCCCCCCCCCGCACCGAGGGUGCAAAACAAGGGGGCGGAGUCCCGGUCACAUUUCACCUGUCUGCGCCCCUUCUCGGUUUCAUUGUAUUUGUUCAUUAUCCUGCUGUAUUAAUGCUUCUGUGUUCCCCCUUUUGGACUCAAUUCCAGGGGUGCAGGUCCGGGUCCCUGCUUUGACGGCAGCGCCAGGUCCUGGGAAACCUGCGCCCCUGCCCCAGAAAGCUGGUCGCGCUCUCGGACUUGUGGAGCAGUCGCAGCCCAGGAAGAAAAGUCGAAGACUUGAGGGGGCAACAGCGCAGGGACCACUGUGGCGCCCCGGGGGCCUGCGGUUCCCAGGGCCGCUCCCACCCGCCCCUAGCAACGGCCCACCGGCCCACCCUAGGGACAGCGAGUUCGAGGCCAGCCUGGGCUACUUAGCGAGUUGCUGCCUCAAAAAAAGAGGCCAGGUUGGAGGAGGUCACAGUGACAGUGACGAGGCAGAAGGCGAAGGGAGAGCAACCUCCCCCACGGCUGUGCCCCAAAAGACUGAAACUGGCAGUGCCAGCCUGGCGUGGUGGUGCAUGCCUGUCAUUCCGGCACUCUGGAAGGCUGAAGCAGGAGGAUGGCAAGUUGUAGACCAGCCCAGUACCAGGGGGAGAGAGAGAAAGAAAGAGAAAGAGAGAAAGGAGCUCCACAAACAUGCGUUCACACAAGUUCACAGCAGCGCUCUUCACGGGAGCCCCGAGGUGGCAGCAGCUCACCUGUCCAUCGGGGUGAGUGGAUGCACAAUGUGGGGUUCACCUGGACAGCGGGACGCUGCUGAGUCCCCCAGGCCACGGCAGUGAGGAGCCUCCCGUGCAGGAUGCUAAGUGCUGAAGCUGGACGAACAAGGUAGCAGGCUGCACGGGGCCAGGUGUACACGGCGGCCAGGACCGGCCAGCCCAGUGCACACAGCAGGACUGAGCCCUGGGGUGGGGGAGGCAGGGGGUGCAGCCUCCUCCUGCAGCAUCUGCUUUGGGGGCAGACACAUUUUGGAACUCACUGAAAGGAGGGGCAGCACUGUGAACGUCCUGACUGCCACCCACACCCAGGGGUGCCUGUCCCUGUCCCUGAACAUGUGCUCGGCGCCUGCUGUGUCCAAGCCCAGCGAGGUGCUGGGGAAGCAUGGUGCGUGCGAAGUCCCUGCUACAAGGGGCUCAGUCCAGAGAGGAAGACUAGGAAGCUUGGUAUUGAAAAGCCAGGGAGAAGGUGCGGCAGAGGCAGACAGCAUGCAGUGGGGGCCCGUAGGAAUCACUGGUCACAAGCCCACAGAGCCCAGGAAGACAGAAACCCUUCCCUCUGUGUCGCAGCAGCUCAGUGACAGAUGUCGCUCCCGGGCCUGCAGCAAGGAUGGGUGCGGAGUCUUUGGGGAGAUGGGGGCCCAUCAGUGCCGCCCUGGUUGGGCCAUGUUGUGAUGCCCCGUGUCAGAGUCUGUGAGGGCUGGAGCAGCAGCACAUUCAACAGGCCAGGGAGUCCCUCAGGGCUGGGGCCUCAGGCCUGGCUCCACUGCCCAGGGGACACUGCCUGAGGACUGGCCGGCCCUACACACCAGAGAGUUCUGUGGGCGACAGUCCCCUUCCCCCUCUGACCUCAUGGAAGCGGGGAUAACUCCGCGUGCCCAGAAUCCUGCUGGUACUGAUGGCACGGUGCCCUGGGUAACCCAAUGGUAGUUUCAGGGAGAUUUCUCUCCACAGAAGGGGUCCAGCUAAUCGAUGCAGACGGAAUGGUGGGGAAGAUGACCACCCAGGGACUUCCAGCUGGCCUGGGUGCUGAGCAUCAACGGCUGCUGGUGUGACACUUGGAAGCCACUAGACAUCAUGGCCUCCUGGGCAGAAUGCAUGUUCUGCGAGGAUCGAACUUCGGACCUUGCACUUGCGAGGCAGUUGCCGGAACCACUGAGCUAAAUCCCUGGUCCUUACGUCACAGUUUUGUAAUCAUCAGAAUCUAGAUGUGGCUAAUCUGUAAUAUCCAUGGUGUGGCUACUUUGAUGACCAAUUGUCAAAAAAAAAAAAGGUAAAAGGUAAAAGGUGAAGCUUGCAUUAAAGGGGAUUUCAGGACAUCAACCAAUCACAAUGUGGUCAUCUCAUGUAGCUCUUGAGUUUGUGAAACUGAAUCUUAAACUAAAACUUAAAAAUGUUCUUGAAAAAAAAAA